CAACCUGAUUGGUCCAGCGUGAUUUGACGCGGGAAAACCGUGUCAAUAUUUUACUAUUAACAUCAGCUAAAUAAAUUCCUCAGUCUCGACUUACUUACUUUGUCAGAGUGUUUGUCUGUUAAAUUUUGAAUCAGUAAAAAAUGUUUUACUACCCAAAUGUCCUCCGCCGCCAUACUGGAUGUUUUUCUACAAUUUGGUUGGCAGCCACCAGAGGAAUCAGAGUCACUCGCAGAGAGCUUCUCAAAGUCAAUGUCACGCUAACAUGCGGGGACAUUUUGGACUACGUGACGGCCCAGGUUCCUCCUCCACAACCCAACCUCCCAAAGCCGCGGUUCUCUCUGUACCUGUCGUCCCAGCUGCAGUAUGGAGUGGUUGUAGUCUACCACAGGCAGUGUGGCCUCCUGCUUGAUGAGGUUCAACAGACCAUUGACCGCCUGCUCCGCUGUAAAAAAUGCAUACGCAUUGACAUGGCUGAAUGCGACAGGCUGAACUUGGACAUGCCUGACAACCUGUACAUGAUGGAAGAGGCCGAGAGAGCUCAGGACCCUUUCUUCGGUCUCAUGGAAUCGCAUAGAUUGCCCAGCCCCUAUAAUGUACAGCAGCCCAUGUUGGCGAUUGAAGAGGCAGGUUCACAGCACUCCCUGGUGCCCAGUCUCCACAGCACACUUGACAAAGAGGGUUUCAGGUCACCUCCGGCUGCCAUUACACUGAGAGAGAAGGAGCAGUUGCUCAUCACCACCGCUGAGACCUUUGAGGGAGAUGACCUUCCCGAAGUCACAGCCAGAGAGAUUGACUUGUUGAUGGAUCAGCCAGACCAGUUUCGCAGCGAAGUGGGGGAGGAGCAGACAGAGCAGAAGGCCAGGGAUCUUGAAGGAGCCUCUAUUGACCAGCUGAAGGAGACAGUGCUGGGAGCUGAGCGGGACAGUAUGUGGCUGCUGGACGAGGAGACGGGUCAGCCUGUGGAGGUUCCUCUGGCUGCUGUUGCCCUAGAGAUGACCCCGCCACGGGUUGUCAUGCCAACUCCAACCUCUGGGGUAUCCGGGGAAGAGGGAGACAAAGUUACAGAAAGUUCAUAUGACAAGGUGGCUGUUCCUCCUCUUAGGAAGCUCAGGGGGCGUCGCAGGCGUCAACUGGUCUUCACGGACCCCGAGGUCCAGAUAUCAAGCAGAGCGAUGGAGGAGCAGAUUGGAAACCUGUUGGCCGAGACAGUGGACCUGUCGGAGGUGUUGCUGGACUUCAUGACUAAGCGUGCCACUCCUGCUCAGCUCUUCAGCGCCCCCUGUGGACUCCUCCUCCAUGCUGACCUGCAGUCACUAUGGAAACAGCACGCCUCGCUCACCGUCCUGAGCGAACAUGAGGGCAAACAGAGAGGUGGCGAAGAAGAAGAGGAGGCGAGAGGGGAGUCCGAGCAGGACAGAGAGAUACUGAGGACAGAGAGGAAGAGGAGACUCUCAAGCAUGAGGGAGCUAUCCAGCGAGUCAGGAUUGCAACCUGCAGACGGCUCGUCUGUAUUAGAUGUAAUCGUGGACGUGUCCAAAGAGGAGAAAUCUGUGAGCGGUGUGAUCACUCCUGUCAGCAGAUGGUCUCUGCAAGAGGAGGCCCAGGUACCAAUGGAGCCUAUAGCUGAGGAGAAGAUCGAGAUGCCCGAGGCUCAGACAGAGAGCAGCGACAUGCUGACCUGGAUCUCCUCCAGCCUGCAGACGUUUGGACAGGUCACCUUCGGUUCUCUGGUGCCCCCAGAGGCCAACCGCAGCACUGCAGCUCACACCCUGUACAAACUGCUGGAGCUGCUGUCUGCUGGACUGGUGACUGUACAUCAGACUAAACCCUACAGUAACAUCACCAUAAACCCUGCAGCUGUCGGGACGACUGCCUGAACACUGACACACACAGUUACAAACACUGUAGUCCAGCACAGUUCAUAAUACUUUUUUAUUGAUGAAUAUAAUGGAUGAAUUUGAGGUCAUCAGAUCUCACUCAUUUCAUUUUAAAAUGUUUUUAUAUGAUAGAUUACUCAGAACUACAUUACUCUGCCUGUUUUAAAAGAUUUUUAACCAUUUUAAUGUUAAAUGAUUUGUUCAUAAGGUUACAUUUUUAAAUAUUAAUUCACAGAGUUUAUUAGUGCUGCUGAAGUUGAAACCCUCUGGAUCUUGUAUGUUUUGUUAUACAGUUUGUAUCUUUUGUAUGGCUUUUUAUCCUCUGCACUGAUUUUAAAUGAAAAUUUUUAUACUGU